CGCCCAAAUGAUACGAUGCGUUAUAACUCAGUUGAGACGGAAGACAUGCUCGUACAUACGACUGCGGUCUUUAGAACGUUGCAUUUAAUUGCCUAUAAUAACAAUAAAAUGUUUUACUUUCGUGUGUUUGAAAUUGAUAUUAUAAUGAAUUAAAAAUAUGUUUAAAAGUAUAUGUUUAGUCAUAGCUUACAGGAACGACUAUUAGUUGAAAAUAGUUACAAUUUAUCCUGUGAAAGCAUUACAGCGUCUCGCUCCCUUGAACUUAAGCGUCCUUCGGGAUAGUAGCAGGAUAUGGAGCGGCUAUUUUGUACAACAGUAAUCCCAUAUUCGGUUGUCUGUUUUAUUUUUCUGCGGGAUUUCGCCGAAACUUCUAAAUUUCGCUCUAAAAUGGACCUUACUGGGGAGGUUUGUCCAGAGGACAAGAUUGUGACAGUUGAAUACCCCUGCACUAAGCCAGGGGGACAGAAUGCCUCCUGUCUCAGGAGGAGAUGCUGUGAGGGGUACCGGUUUGUGAUGGGCCACUGCAUCCCAGAAAGCGUGGACGUGUGUGCAGGCUCACCCUGUGAACAGCAGUGCACGGACCACUUUGGACGGGUCGUUUGCACCUGUUACCCUGGGUUCCGCUUCGAUCGGAAGCGCCACCGCGGAAACCAGCACCCAUACUGCCUCGACGUGGAUGAGUGUGAGGAGUCUAAUGGCACCGUGUGUGAGCAGGCCUGUGAGAACACACCGGGCAGCUUCCUGUGUCACUGCCACAGUGGCUACAGCCUGGACGCAGACAAGCACUCCUGCGUCCCCCGCCACAAUCUGAGUGCCACAAGUGGGACUUUGCACUCUCUGGUUAGUGCUGGGUCCUGCCCCUUUACCUGUCAGGACUUCAUAAGCAUGAGGAACAGCCUACUGCAGCUCAAAUUGAGGCUGACUGGUGCUCCGCCCAGUUCCCAGAUACUCACCCCAGACCUGCCUAACCGCAGUCACAAACCAUCACAUAGGUGGGGGGAUAAAGGGCCAAACACCUCCACCCUGCCUGGCGCCCCUGGUUCCCCUGGACCCCCUGGACCCCCAGGACUGCAGGGACUACCUGGAGAGAAAGGGGAAUCUGGAGCCAUGGGCCCACCUGGCCCUCAGGGGCCACGAGGGGACAUGGGCCCCAUGGGGCCAGAGUCAGAUCUGGAGCAUGUUAAGAGAGGACGCAGAGGCCCGGUGGGCCCUGCUGGUGCACCAGGGAGAGAUGGGAAGAAGGGGGACAGGGGCCCUCCUGGUCCCAGAGGCCCAGCGGGACCUCCCGGCUCAUUCGACUUCCUCCUGCUGAUGUUGGCUGACAUUCGCAAUGACAUCAUGGAACUGCAGGAGCAGGUGUUCAGGAGUAGGCAUGAAGUGUCCCUGGAGGACCCAUUCCUGUCUAGCAGAGAGACAGGUCGUAGUGAAUGGGGAUCAGGGGACUAGUGGAGGUAUCACACAAAACCUGACUUUGGGAGUGUCAGGUAUAGCGCCAUUUAUAGGAAAUAAACUGCCAAAGAAGAAAAAGAAACCGUCCAAACCCUGUGAUGCUCAAAAGGUUUAAAAUGCUUGACCUCUGUACGAUGUGUGGUUGGCAUUGAAAAUGUAGACAUUUCUCUGUGUCCUCAGAUAACAAAAGCUGUUUAGAGAACAAUUGGAUUCCACUCAAUUCCAAAACAAAUGGAUUGCUACAAUGUUGUCUUGUGGAAUAUAUCUGAGCAUGUGCACAAAGAAUGGCCAGAUGAUGUUGGUCUUUCUGGGCAGCACCAGCAUUGGCUUUUGGGUCAAUACUGGUGUGGCUCCCUUCACAGUGAACCAAUGUGACCACUCUGAUUUAAUGAUUAUUGAGACAAGAAGGACAAUUCCAUUUAAGAGGUACUUUCCAAUUCUCAGAUAUACACACUGUAUAUGCAAUAUAUUUCUGUAUUUAUUCCAAGGGACUAUUUUUUUUAUUACUUUGUUUGGGAAAACAUGAAUUGUAAAGGCAAAUAUUUUUUUUUAAAUUACCACUGUGUGUCUCCCUGACCUGUCAUUCAUUUAGUGGCUCAUUCACCUGUGGUCCUGACACUCCAGCUUCACAGGGCUUGUAUUACCCUCAUUUGAUCGUGCUGUACGGAGCUGCACCAUGAAACUACCAAGGGAUUAGAGAGCAUUGGGUUACUAGCUGACCAUUGUGUGGUAGGAUGGUGUGUGAAUUGUGCUAGUAAACCUGUUCAUUAUUUCA